AUGGCCUUUAAGCUCUCUAUUGCUCAGACCACCAGCUUUUGCUCCACGGAAGAUAUGGAUAAGGCGACCACAAUGGACAAGCUAGACAUCAUCUUGAAUUCCGCAUUUCUACCUGAUGGACUUGAUGCCCGGAGAGAUACCGCUCGUUAUGAGAUCCGAGAAAUUAGUCAGAAACCCGAGAUGAUUCUGCCAGAGGUCUUGCAUGAGGUUGCAUACGGUAGGAAAAUACUUCGGAAUUCUGGGAUGCUGGUGCUGGGAUGCAUUGCGAACGACCAUUUCAUCACUUCAGCCGUCAGCCACUCAAAAUCUACCACCUCGCUUGCUUCCCUCGUCGUCCUCAUCAUCACCCUCGCUCUACAAGUCAUUAACUUGUGCUGCAUCAACAUAUCUGUACCUCCAACUACGUUGGUGGCAUCGACAGAGUUCGCUCAGCUCUACCUAGCUUUUGAGGGUGUAGGUGUUGAUGACGAGGAUGUAUUUACCCUCGCCACUAUUAUCGGCCCUGAGGACUAUGGAGAAUGGGAUCGACCGAGACCACCUCAGGACGCUGGUUACCAGCCAUCAUACCUGCAACAGUCCGAGCCAUCUGGACUCCUUCUCGCGACUACUUUUCUGUCCCGGAAUCGCUGGAGCCACGUCAUGGAGGCAACGUGUACGCAUCCCCUGCUGGUCGCCCUCCUGGGGCAUCAUCCAGUUAUGCGCCAGCGGGAGGUUACACCACCUCCUGGGGCUCCCCCUCAAGCUAGACCUUCAUAUGGACACGACCCUUCUCCUCAAGGAGGGUCGGGUCACGGCGCUGCAAGUGAUUAUUACAAUCGGCCUCCGCCAGCUGCUCAUGGUGAAUCCUUUAACCUACCACGCUACCAGCCUCAGCCACCGAGCGAGUUCGACGAAGAGGUGUACAAGUCUCAUUUCUCUGCUCAUGCUCAGGCUUAUGGUUCUGGUCAUGACGAUAAACCGAUGGCGAAUGAUGAUAUAGGCACAGCUGCCGCUAUCGAGGCGCUGAAGAUCACAGCUGCAAAUAACCAGGAAGACCACAGGAUGGAUUCCAAACUAACACGGACGCUCCGCAUGCAAGGCCAUCUGCCGGACCACAAGGUGGAUUCCAGACUGACACGGACACUCAGCAUACGAGACCGUCUGCUAAUAUUUCUUCUGAAUCAGCUCAAAUCGAGCCUGGUGAUGGCUCUCGAGAGUCGGGCGGUGGAGGUGAAGGUGAAGGAUCUUUGCCGGAAGUUGCCUGUCCACAGUCGAAAGACUCCUGUGACCGAAAUGACUACGACCUAUGAUAAAUAA